GAUCAACACAUCAUGGCACAGAAUCAACUCAAGGCUCAACUAAAGGCAUGGUUAGGACGUCACCUUACAGACCAAGAUGGAGACACUCCAACAAGAGUAUACAGCAGCGAUGUCUACAAUGAUAUGUUAAGCAAGACAAAGGUCAAGAUAUCAAAAACAAUGCUUGGAAGAUGCCUGAAAGAACUCUACCCAGGAACCAAUCUAGUCAAUGGCGGGAAAUCGACAAAGAACAUACCGAGAAAGUAUUACUACUCCGGGGUUUACUACAGGAGCGUUUCUUCCGAAAUCCCACAGUCAGCACCUAUAGCCUUCAACGAAGACACUGAUGACUUGGAUAUACAACCGUCAUGCAGUAUGACAAAACAAGCUAUCAUUGAAAGAAUCGAAUCACCACCCAGAAGACAAGGCCCUGCUACAUUGGAAAUUGCUACCCAGACAGAAAUAGAAUUCACCAGCACAGGAUCCCAGACAGAUUUUAAGUCUCCAUCAACACAGCAAGUCAACGACCUACAAAAGCAAAUCAAGCACCUCUCUGAUCUUCUUCACACCACACAGCUAGAAAUGGACCGAUUAUACACUACGUUAGGCUACCUUCCAAAUCCCCACAGUACUGAAGCAGGUGAACGGUAUCACGUGGAAGCAGACUUUGAGCAACUUUCCUCCCUUGAACGUAUUUUGGGAAAAGGCUCAUUUGUCGUGGUUACCCAAAGACGUCUCCAGAAUGGCACAAGUAUUGCAGUGAAGCAGCUUACAAGUCGAGAAUCUUCAAUCCGAGAAUAUCAACACCUGGCAGCUGCUCAGCUGAACAAACCGGAUUUUAUACAAACCCUCCUGGCAGUAGACCUCAAUGGACCACCCUAUUCAAAAGUAAAUCCUCCUUAUCCAAAUAUUGAGGCAGACAAUGUCGACAAUGUACAGGCUUUGUUCGACUACUAUUUUGAACAUCUUCCGUCUGCCUUUGACGAUCUUAUUGUAGAAUUCCACGCUGCACCUCUGAGCUACAACCAGUACAGAGAGAGGUACGGGGAGUUGAGCCGCAGAGAGGUGUACGACCUACUAGUGACCAAGCCAAAACCACUCUGUCAGGCUAAGCGGCACACUCUACAUGCUUUUGUUAAGAAGUUGGACCCAAUUAACAUCGAGGUAGAGGAGGGCAGAGAUGUUACCCUAUUAGACGAUUUUCUCGGAUCAGUGGAGUGA